AAGAAACUAGCAAGGAAGAAGUAAAACACACACUGGGAAAAUGUCAGGUCCCAUAGUGCAAAAAUUCAACAUGCUCCUAUUGGAUCCCUUGUCCUUCUCCCUCUUUCCCUUUUUCUUCUUCAUCGUUCUCCUUGUGAGAUGGCUCUUCAGUACCCCUCCAACAACCCACAAAACCUUACCACCUUCACCACCAAGGCUUCCUGUACUAGGAAACAUGCACCAACUAGGCAUCUAUCCUUACCGUUCUCUUCUAUGCUUAGCUCGGUGCUAUGGCCCUCUCAUGCUUCUUCAGCUUGGCAGGGUCCGGACACUUGUUGUGUCAUCCCCAGAUGCUGCCCAGGAGAUCAUGAAAAUGCAUGAUCUCAUCUUUGCUAACAGGCCCAAGAUGAGUUUGGGAAAGAGACUUCUGUAUGAUUACAAGGAUGUGUCGGUGGCUCCUUAUGGGGAGUACUGGAGGCAGAUGAGAAGCAUUUGUGUGCUCCACCUUCUUAGUAACAAGAGGGUUCAGUCUUUUAACACUGUUAGAAGAGAAGAAAUCUCCCUCUUGAUCCAGAAGAUUGAAGAGUUUUCUUCAUUAUCAACGUCUAUGGACUUGAGUGGAAUGUUUAUGAGGCUUACAAAUGAUGUGAUAUGCAGGGUGGCUUUUGGGAGGAAGUACAGUGGAGAUGAAAGAGGGAAGAAGUUCAGAAGAUUGUUGGGGGAGUUUGUGGAGUUAUUGGGAGGUUUCAAUGUAGGGGACUACAUUCCAUGGCUUGCUUGGGUGGAACAUGUAAAUGGUUGGAGUGCCAAGGUGGAGAGAGUUGCCAAAGAAUUUGAUGAAUUUUUGGAUGGAGUAGUUGAAGAGCAUUUGGAUGGUGGUACGGGUUCAAUUGCUAAAGGUGAUAACGAGAAGGAUUUUGUGGACGUUUUGCUUGAAAUUCAGAGGGAUGGAACUCUUGGCUUUUCCAUAGACAGAGAUAGCAUCAAAGCUCUCAUUUUGGAUAUAUUUGCUGGUGGAACUGAUACUACUUACACAGUGCUAGAAUGGGCAAUGACAGAACUCUUAAGGCACCCCAAAGCCAUGAAGGAACUGCAGAAUGAAGUGAGGGGAAUUACAAGAGGCAAAGAGCACAUAACUGAGGAUGACCUGGAGAAAAUGCACUACUUGAAAGCAGUAAUCAAAGAGACUCUUCGGCUGCAUCCUCCCAUUCCAUUACUGGUUCCACGAGAAUCAAGCCAGGAUGUCGACAUAAUGGGCUACCAUAUUCCAGCUGGAACGAUGGUUAUUAUCAAUGCUUGGGCCAUUGGAAGAGACCCCAUGUCCUGGGAUGAGCCGGAGGAAUUUAGGCCAGAGAGGUUCUUGAACACUAAUAUAGAUUUCAAAGGACAUGACUUUGAGUUGAUUCCCUUUGGAGCUGGAAGGAGGGGUUGCCCAGGAAUCUCAUUUGCUAUGGCCACAAAUGAACUUGUAUUAGCAAAUCUUGUGAACAAGUUUGACUGGGCAUUGCCUGAUGGAGCAAGAGUAGAGGAUUUGGACAUGACUGAAUGCACUGGUCUUACUAUCCAUAGAAAGUUUCCUCUGCUUGCUGUUUCAACUCCAUGUUUUUAGAUAGUCUCAAGAUGCAUGCUACUAUGUAGCAUUCCAUGUGUUGUUUAUGUGCUUAGAAAUGUUUUUAGUUUCCAAUGAUUCUUGUGUAAACUAUGUCACCUGAAGGAAAUUCAGUUAUUGUUCAAUCAUUGAAUAAUAUAGCCAUGAAUUGUUGAUUGAUA